AAUCAUCAAAUAUUAUCACGCUCGCUGGUAUUAGCUGUAGCCACUUGUUGCAUUUGCUAAACUUCUGCUUUCAUCGUGCACAUUUGUACUGCCAGCCGCGUUCGAGAUGGCUGAUUUGGAGCGCAUAAGGCUGGUUAUUCUGGGCGGCGCAGGUGUCGGCAAAAGUUCCAUCAUCAAACGUUUUCUUUUCAAAACCUACACAGACAAGUAUCGCGCAACCGUGGAGGAUCUCUUCAAUCGGGAAUACGACUUGGGCGGUGUUACCUUAAAGGUUGACAUCUUAGACACAUCCGGCGAUAUGCAAUUUCCCGCCAUGCGACGUCUGUCCAUUGCCACCGCCCAUGCGUUCAUGCUGGUCUAUGCGUCAACAUCCGCGGCAAGUUUUCAAUGUGUCAAACAGUGUUUCGAAGAGAUACGCGAACAGCGCGCAGACUAUCAGGAUAUUCCUAUUGUAAUCGUCGGCAAUAAAUCCGAUUUGGCCAAUACACACAGGGAGGUUAGGCUGGAAGAAGUCACAGACUGGGUGUACUGCGAAUUGCCACGAUUAAGGGCGAAAGUGCUGGAGUGCUCUGCCAAGGAGGAUCACAACGUGACUGACCUUUUCAAAACGUUGUUGUCACUGUCGCGAUUUCUACCCGUCGGGAGCAAUAAUGACGGCACAAGUGGACUGAAGCGGCGCUCUUCGGCAUAUGUUAGCGCAUCGUCAAGUAGAAAUAAGAAUCGCAACGCCAGUCCAUCCGUUUCAAGUGAUAAAAAGUCCAGUUUGGUUGAUGCCGUCGAUCCGGCCACCAGCAGCGGCGAUGCCAAAUUAAAGCCCCGAUCUAGGUCGCUCAUACGCCGUGCAUCACGCAAAACCAAACAGCAAAUCAACAACGCGUCCGAUGACUGUAAUUUGCAAUAAGGCGGCAAUGAAACGCGAAGGAGGUGUUGAAAAGUCAGCGGAGAAGGCAGCGCGAAAAUUCCGAGUUUUAAUGUGAAAACUGAAGAAGAAGAAGAAGAAGAAGAAGAAAAUAGGCAGCCGCUGAAUGCGCGAAAGUGUGACUCGUAUAAGUAAAUAUGUACUAGGUGGGCGUAUGUAUGUAUGUGCAUUCGUGCGGAGCGUAUAGUAUGAAUGUAUGUAUGUAUGUAUGUACUUGUGGCUGCGUAUGAAUUCUGCAUACCGUCGGUCGGUGUGAGCUCAAUGAAAAGAUGUGAAAUUUAUGUAGGAAAAAUUACAAAUUUUGAUAUUAACGCUUAAUUUAGAAUUAUUUAAAAAUAAAUGCCGCAAUGCCGUUAAUUGACCGAAAUACGGCUUUGUUAGCCCAUGCAGGCAUAGUUGAUAGCAUACUCGCACACAUACGCAUAUUUAAGAGCAUUUAUAUAUAUGUAUGUAUGUAUAGAUGCG